GUCACCAUGACAAUCCACAGCGAAUACCUGCGAUCGGUUGGUAACUUUAUCUCCUUGACGUCUAUGUUUAUGGAAAAUUAACCGUUAUUUUACAACUGAAGAAGAAUCCUGACAAAUCGUUCUGAUGCCACCGGUGCAUGUUGGUAAGCGCUCACCACCGGGUUCAGCCAGGCACUCUACCCCUGCAGGGAUGGACGCUAUCAGCUAUGAAGAUCUGCUGGUCGCCCAGUAUCUGGAGGGCUUGAAGAAGGAGAGAUCGGCGGGCCAAAGGAAGAGGUUGGUUAGAUCUCCCAAGAACCCUUCCCCGUACCUCCAGCGCCUGGCCCACACAGAACUCAUCGGUACCGCCUCGGGUGACACAAGGGGACGGCCACGCCCGCAGUCUGGUCGACGCCCCUUCUCGGCCGCCCAGACGUCUUCUCGUUCAGAGAGGGAACGAAAGCGCAUCAAUACCAGGUUUGUGGUGGAUGCGCCCAAGCAGAAUGGGGUCGGUGAGGAGGAAGGAGAGGAGAAGAAGAAGGGAAAACACAGGCCAGCUAGCGCCCCCGUUUAUAAGUCAAGACCAUGGAGUGGACGAUCUGCAGCAUCGUCAGUCUCAACGUACUCGCAGAGUUCAAAGGGCAAAUUUCAGAACAGGUUACAGCCUCAUGUGAUCAGAACCAUGUGCUACAGGAAUGGGAGCAGAGAGAAGAGUGUCAAGAUAACAGCUCCUACCAUGAAAAUUUUCCUGGAGUAUUGCACCCUGAAGCUGGACUUUGAGUUUGCGGCACGGAGGAUCUUCCUUGAAGACGGGACGGAGGUGAAGAGUGCGGAGGAGAUACCCAGGGAUGGGGAGGUGUACAUCUCAGGAGGGGAACCCUUCAAGAACCCUUUCACACCUGUCCUAGGUAUUGUGAAGAAGAACAUGCAAGCAGCAUGGACUCUAGAGGGCGUUGUUCUACCAAGCAACAAGAAGAAAACAAGAUCUAUAUUGUCAAAGAGAAUGAGGAAUAUGCUAUCAUCAGGCAUGCGUCGUGUGAUGGUGUUUCUCAAUGGUGAUGCCUCCGAGUCUCAUGAGGUAGUGGCCAAUCUAGACCAGUUCAAUCAGUUCCUGGACUCCUGCACUUCAAAGCUGAACCUGAACUGUCCUGCCAGGUACAUCUACACAUGGGAUGGACAGAAACUAGAGGAUCUCAAUGAGUUACCCAGAUUAGAUGGCUGUCUCCAGAGUAGUACCACGCCAAUCUUUGGGCCUGUCUGGGUCUCAAAGGGAGAAAGAUUCAGUGCUUUAGGAGCUAAAACUUUCCUGACUGAGAUAGUGAAGAUCUGUAAGCAGCAGACUAAGAUGAGUAAGGCACGUCUGGGAGAGCUCAGGCAGGGCAGACAGGCAGCGGAGGACAGGGGCAAUGCAGGCGAGGUGGCUGUCAUGGAUAAAGAGAUUACACAGGUUGAGACCCUGAUAGAAGAUUUCCAUGAAGCCCGAGGUAAAACAGAUGACAUCCUGGAUUCAAUCAGCGAUAAGGCUGCCAUGGAGAUGGAGGAGGGUCACACAUUUAAAUCCAAGCACAUGAAAGAACUAGACUCCUCUCACAGGCUGGUAGGACAACAAGGACUCAAACUCAAGGUGUAUGAGAAUGGACGGAAUGAUGGAGAGGAGACGGUGUUCUUCAAUAUGAAGGAGGCAUCUAAAGGAGUCCAGGGAGAUCAAAACUUACUUAUGCAAAGGCUGCUGGAUACCAUAACCCGCUGGGUGAGGCCGGAGCAGAACACCACAGCCCUCAGCACCAUCGUCACCAAGGUCUUCAAUCACAAGGGCAAGGAGAUCACCAAUGUUUAUGAUCUCAAGAAUGACCAGAAGGUCUGGCUUUCAUUCGGUGAACCUUACAGAGAUCCUCAUGUCUACUGCCUUCAGCUGACGUUGGAUAAAGCGGUAGGUUACAAGGAUUACUCCCAGGCGUAUGGAGAGGCACAGAGGGUUGUCAUCAGAGAAGCUCUACUUGCUGAUCAACUACCUGAAGGGGGAGAAAGGCAUACAUCAUGGAUGAUGCGUGACCUUUUCCCGGAGGAGGCUUACCAGGAGAUUAACGAAGACACGCCCCUAGAGGUCAGAGAGAAGGUCAAAGAGGACAUGAAAGCUCAUGACCUUCACUCAGACACACACUACUUACAACAUGAGGAUGAUGAGAGUCUGAUGUUAUAUCCUGAGAUCUCGGUAGCGGAGAAACAGAAAUCAUCUAAAGUCUGGCCUCUCAGAGCACAGUCAUGGUGUAUCAAUAAAGAUGGUGCAAUCUACUCUAAAUCACACCCAAAGCUGGCGCUAACCCUGAUGUUAAACCGGGGUCCUGAGUGGGAAGUGAAUGUCAAGCUACCAGGGAGCUCCAGUGAAACCUACGGGAUACCUGUCUCUCUACUGGAGAGAGAGGAUGGCAUGAAUGGUCAACAAUGGGUUUUCUUGAAUGAUGGAAGAAUAGCCAAUUGGGCCAACCAAGACCUGCUUCUCACCUUCGUAGAAGCGCCCUCUAGUGACGACCAGCAGGACACAGAGUUGACGCUGGCUGGAGGAGGGGGAGGAGGCAGCGGAGGAGUCUCACCUGGUGAUUGGCUUGGAGAUAACAGCCAAGCCAACCAAUUAGAAGACAGUUAUGGGGAGGAGCAAGGGGAGGAAGGCCCGCCCAAGCCAGGGUUCAAAGGUCACAAGUUCGUGCUGAUGGGUAUGGAGAAGCUAGCAGACAAACACAGAUGGGCCAAGUCACAGAGAUGGGCCCUGAAGCAGGAGAACCUGGAUCGGCCGAGAGAAUGGCGUCACAACGACCUGAUGUCAACGAAUCCUACAUGGAGCAAGCUGGCCUACUCCUGGCCGGUGGAUUGGAGAGGGGACAUCAAUAAGAGCUUUGAUUGGCCGAUGGAGGGUUACUUCAUCGCCUAUGCCCCGCCCAUCAGGAGUAAAAGCUCUGUAGGAGCGCUCGAGGAUACUAAUGAGGAAUAUAGAACUGUUCCCUUGAGACUGAGAGUGAUGAAGAAUGGAGAGAAAGAUCUCAACAGGAUGGCCCAUGUGGUGGGUCCUGAUCUUACCAAUAUGAUGAAGGAUUUAAAUCGAACAGCUCAGAAUGGAAAGCGCCCUCACAGGCAUCGUCGGUCAGGGUCUCUGAACAAGGAGGAUAUGGCGGCCAAGCUGAAGUCCAAGAAAGUGAAUCUCAAACAACUAGAGUUUCAACUGUUCUUGGACAAGUGCACUCCUCAGCUCAAUCUGCCAUUCGCAGCGCGACGUCUCUUCAAUGAGAACGGCAAGGAGCUGCACACACUGGAGGACGUAGACAGAGAUCAGCUGGUGUAUGUGAGCAGCGGCGAGGCAUGGCUUAACCCCAAGCUUACCACUCAGCAGCAGCAGAGACGGAUGCUUCUGGCCUCUCUGGCUGGGGACAUAGAUGCAAUCAAGAUGUACUGUGCACUGAGAGACCCUGGUCCCCUCUGCCUGGAGGUAUCUGGAGCCCUGGGUGCUGGAAGUCCUCUCAUCGUCAAUUCAUGUUGCCUUAGCGAUGAGGAUAGAGAGAAGUUAGCUCGAGGACCUACCCCAGACCAGCCCCAGGAUGAACCGCCGGCACCGGGUGAUCCCUAUGAGAACAUGAGUGCCCACCAGAAAGCACACAUGAUAGCAGAUCAGAAGCAGGAGGGUCUGAAGUGGCCGUGGGAGAAGGUGCUGAACAUCGGUCUGGACGAAGUCUCAGAUGCAAACAACCAAUCAGGAGGCGAGGCCGAUGGAUACACCAACCCAGAUCUCUAUCAUAAACUCAAACCCAAAGCAAAGUCGCCCCGCCCUGGCUCUAACUCUCGUCAGUCCCACCAGAGGUUCAUCUACCUGGAUGGUUACAUCGCAUGUAAGACCACGCCUUACCUGGUCCUGGGCCCUCUGGAUCCCAGUACGGACAGCUCUCCAAUCGUACUCUGCAAGAAAGAUGUGGACAACGCCUAUCAGAGGUGGACCAUCGGGGAGGAUGGCCUAAUCCGAUGCAAGGCCGCUGAUGACCUUGUCUUGACCUGCACGCUUCCUAACGCAACUCCCGGUGAUGGGUCACCCCCACCUGACCUCUUGGGUCAAUCGGUGGUCCUCCAACCGGUCAAGCCGGAGAAGAAUGGUCGGGCUAAUCAGAUCUGGGCCGCGGAGAAGGAGACAGGAUUCAUAUUUGGCUUGGCAGCAGAGUUCAGAGACAGGGAAAUCACAGCAGCCAAUAGAGCCAAUGUCUGUACAUUUGCAAUUGCAGACUCAGAAGCAAUAGAGCAGCCGGGUUAUACAAUGAAAAGCAAUAACAAAGACGACGAGGCAUCCAUGACGGUCUGCCUGGCCUGUUCACGAACAUUGAGGGCGCAGUACAAGCUAGAUAAACUGAGCCAGCCGACGUCGUUCAGCUGCUCCGUGGGAGUGGCUCAGAAGGAAGGGCAGAAGAUCAAGGGAUGCCUGCAAUUCUUAGGGGGCAAGGUUGACCUGUCUGCCUUUGAAGCCGCCACCACCGUGGCCCACUAUGAAGGUGAGCUCAAGAGGUUGAGGCAGAUGACGAGUGCUCGGGUGAUCGCCAGAGAGAUCUCAGCGUACCAGACUGUUCAGACCGUCCGUAUCGUAGCCUACAAGAACGGCGAGGGCCGGAACCAACCCGGGGUCGUUGUGUGCGGCUCUACGCUCCGAGGGCUACUUGACCAGUGCACCUAUGCCUUACAGCUGCCCACGGCAGGGAGACGUCUAUACACCCAGGACAGCACAGCUAUCCUCACGCUAGUAGACCUCCAUACAUGGAAGAUGACGAGCUAUGGCAUGCAAAACCUGAAUCUUGGACCAGACGCAGAUGCAAAGGAUGAGGUGAAGAUGAAACGAGCCAUCACCGAGAGUCUCCGUCAUGAGCUCUUCAACAGACAACCGGUCGAGGUCUGGGUGUCUCAGGGAGAACCAUUCAAACCACCAGAACAGGUAGACUACGCACGUGCUCUCAAAGCAGAACUAAGAGAAGAAAGGUCAAAGGUCAUGCUAGAGCUGGAGAAAGAGAAACAUGUUCUCAGGCAGAUGCAAGGGAGAAGAACUGCAGAACAGAGUGGACCUGAGUAUGUACCGACCCUGAGCCCAGAUGAACCUGUCUUAGUUGAAGGAGGUUGGACCAAACCCAGCAUGACAGAGGUCAGAAAGAGCAUACAGGUCAACCAACUUGAGAAUCAUCUUUCUGAAGUGAAAGCCCAUCAGAAAUCCCGGGAUCCUAACACGUCAACCAAACCUAUCAUCGAUUCCAGUCGCAAACUCUACAGCCAACCUACCAAGAAACGAGUGAUGGUGUACAAGAACGGGACUAGCGAGGACAAAGCCCAGUAUGUAUGGGGUUCGUCAGUAGAAGAGAUCCUCAAAGAGGCUACCCUUAAACUAGGCCUACAUAAGACAGCCACUCAGCUCUACACUAACACUGGGGGCACCGUUGCAUCCCUGGAUGAUGUGACGAGGGACGAGGUGUUGUGUGUGUCCUACAAGGAAUCCUUCAAAGGCGCUAAAGGAAGCAGAAAUCAAGUAGAGGUGAAGGCUAAUUGGUCAAGAGCUCGUAAGAGGGAUGGAGAGUCAGCUACUGAUAUCAUGAUAACGGCUAACACACAUCCCAGCAUUGAGGUGGACCCGUUUGGACCCCCUGCCCUUGCCCUGCCUGCACCAGGAGACAAGUGAAUCAGAGAGAUACAUCUAGUGCAAGAUUAUUAUUAUUAUUAAAUAUGAUUUAAUGAUUAUUAGACCAUAUGAAUAGUAGACAAAAUGGGCAUUAGACAAACUGGAAAUGACACUAAAUGAGCAGUAGACUAAAUAGGUAGUAAGACUUAUUGGAGAUUAGACCAAAAGAAUAUACCGGUGAGCCUAAAUAGUCAUUAGACCGAAUGAGAAGUAGACAAAAUGAUUGCUAAACCAUGUGGAUAGUACACAGGCUGGGUGUAGACCAUAUGGGAAUACACCAAUUGGGUAAUAGACAAAUUUGUUGUAGACCAAACGACAAUAAACUGUGGAAUGGACUUAUAUUUCAAUGUGUUUCUACAGGAUUUUUUGUUUAAAUUGUUAUUUUCUGGGUCUAAGAAAUCACUUGCAAUUCUCCAGAACCACCAUAAUCUGCAUAUAUACCGAUAGCGGUAAUGGAAUUCGGGGUCCUUCUCCAGAAGUGGAUUUUUCUGGGCAAAUUCAUUGUUUCAGCUCCUUAGAAACGCUACUGUGAACAUUACAAACUACCAUUUGAGGUCAUGUGAUACAUACAAUGCAACUUUACAGCAUACCUCAAUUCCUAUGUACUAUUACAGCCUUUCUCUAUUGCUUCCAGACAAUUACUUCAGGAAUAUGAAUCCACCCAGUUUUGUUAGAGUUUGAGUAAAAUAUGAAGAAUUAUUAUAAAUACAUGUAUAUUUAGAAACAGUUCAAUAAAUUUGACGGCCGUAUUAGUAGUUUUUAUGCUUUUCUCACCUCUCUGCACAAUCUCUGGCCAUAUUGCACACAAAAAAUAGGCAUCAAUCGACUGAAGGAUUGCUUUGUGCAACACAGUGGCUUUGCAACAUUACCCAUGUCUGGUCUGGAUUAGCUCCAUGAUAACCCUGAUAAACUGGAAGUAGUCAAAUAAUCUUGAAGCCUUUG